GCCCAGUCUUGGAGGAACAGGAGACAGAGGGACAGAGACAGCUCCACAGUCUCCUCCUACAGCAGUUAGACACAGACGUCAACAUAGACAGUUUCUGGUAUCCAAUUGGUAGUUACAGUCCUGUCCCAUCGCUACAACUCCCGUACGGACUCGGGAGAGGCGAAGGUCGAGAGCCGUGCGCCCUCCGAAACACAACCCAGCCAAGCAGCACUGCUUCUUGACACGACGCCCGCUUAACCCGGAAGCCAGCCGCACCAAUGUGUCAGAGGAAACACCAUACACCUGGCGACCGUAUCGAAACACCGUACGCCCAGUGCCCGGCCCGCCACAGGAGUCGCUAGUGCGCGAUGGGACAGGAACAUCCCUCCCAGCCAAACUCUCCCCUAACCCGGACGACGCUGGGCCAAUUGUGCGCCGUCCCACGAGUCUCCCGGUCGCGGCUGCGACAGAGCCUUGACUCGAACCCAGAAUCUGUAGUGGCACAGCUAGCACUGCAAUGUAGCCUAGAUUGGAUUUAUAGAGUUUUUCUACCAACUGAAAGCGCUUUACAUAGUAAGGGGGAAACUCACCUCCUCAUACUGUUUCUUUUCUUAUACAGCAUUACAAUAGCAAGUUGCAACAGCCACAUUAUUUACAUAUUUUUAUUACACCCGAGGUCAGGACUGACAGUUCACUUUUCACAUAGGAUUUAUGGUAUGUUGCCUGUAAAAGGCAAUGAGGUAAUGUUACUAAGACUACCUUUCAAACCAGCCCAUUUUUACCACCUUUUUGCCGUUAUAAGCCUAUUAUACCUCUCGUACACAUGCCGGCCGGCACUGGUGAUGAGUGCACAGGAGUAGAGCUGUGAAGACGUGGGUAGGCGUUUUAUUUGAAUAAAUCCAUUGAAUAUACACCAUCACUAAGAUCUGUUAUUAGUUCGUUGAGGCAGGCCCUUAGAACACAUUAUAAGACUAAUACAAUGUAUUUUCACAAGAAUAGCAUAUUGAGUUUGUUACUUGUCUGCGCAGCCUAUGAAAUAAAAUCAAGUUUGUUCAUUAAACAGACAAGAGAACCUUGCAUUCCCCUGCCGUAAUCACAUUCAACAAACAUAUGUUUUAUAGAAAGAAUAUAACAGAAGAAAAUAUAAAUAAUAUUUUGCCACACAACUUCAGUGUCUCAUGGGAACGUGUGGAACCGCUGUCAUAUAACAAAAAGUGAUAUUUUGAAACAGAGCCCAAAGUAACGAUGUGCUUUCAAAACCGGUGUGCCUGUUCUUUACGAUAAAGUAAAGAAAUAAAAAAAAUCGGAUCUGGAUGAACCUCUGCAAUGAUUUGAAAAAGUCACUUUUUUGAUCCACGUUUUAAUAUUUUUUUCUAUACCCUCCCUUCACUUUGUUAAGUUUAGGCGUCGGCUGUUAAAUUGGCAGUAUCUUAAUCAUGAUAGCCUGCCGAUAGAAAACAAUAGCAAUUUAGAAUUUCAAAAGGAUGUGAGACUUGUGUUUAUAUUUCACAACUUCUGCGGGCUUAUGGGAGUUGCCUAUACGCGAUUGAGCAAAAUAAUAGGCCUACACUUAAUUUAGGCUACAUUAUUGCAUGUUAACCCUGAAAUGAUCAAGGCAUGUGAACUAAAUGAUUAAGAAUUGCUGCUCCCGAAAUGAAAUCUUAUUAUCUACUUAGAGACAGGCUCAGACCUCUCAUUCAGACCACAUUCAGAGACCACGUGGACGUAGAGAUCUCUCAUGUGUUGUCUCCAGAUGUGUUGUUAUCUACUUAGACAGGCUCAGACCUCUCAUUCAGACCACAUUCAGAGACCAUAUGGACGUAGAGAUCUCUCAUGUGUUGUCUCAGAUGUGUUGUUAUUACUUAGAGACAGGCUCAGACCUCUCAUUCAGACCACAUUCAGAGAGACCACGUGGACGUAGAGAUCUCUCAUGUGUUGUCUCCAGAUGUGUUGUUAUCUACUUAGAGACAGGCUCAGACCUCUCAUUCAGACCACAUUCAGAGACCAUAUGGACGUAGAGAUCUCUCAUGUGUUGUCUCAGAUGUGUUGUUAUUACUUAGAGACAGGCUCAGACCUCUCAUUCAGACCACAUUCAGAGACCAUAUGGACGUAGAGAUCUCUCAUGUGUUGUCUCAGAUGUGUUGUUAUUACUUAGAGACAGGCUCAGACCUCUCAUUCAGACCACAUUCAGAGACCAUAUGGACGUAGAGAUCUCUCAUGUGUUGUCUCAGAUGUGUUGUUAUCUACUUAGAGACAGGCUCAGACCUCUCAGUCAGACCACAUUCAGAGAGACCAUAUGGACGUAGGGAUCUCUCAUGUUUUGUCUCAGAUGUGUUGCCAAGAGGAAGUGUUUUGCCCCUGCUGCGCUGUACAAGCCGUUUGGGGAGCAGGCUGCCGGGGUGAGGAGUCUAUCCCAGUUCCAGGCUCUACAGGACGGGGAGAGUGAGCUGGCCAGUCUCAGGGAGCUGGGGCUCACAGACCUGGAGGUAGAACUGUGGCUCAACAGAGACCAGCCAGAGAACACUGAGAAGGGUCAUGGGGUGUGUGUGGCCCCCGGGGCGCGGCAGCAGCGUCUCCUGGUGAUCCAGGACAAGAUGGAUGCCAGGUCAGAGCUCAUUUCCCGCCCACAGCGCUUCUCAGCCAGCCUACCCCUGUCCCGCAGAGAGAUGGAGAUAGAGAAGGCCCUGUUCCAGGGCAAUGACCGCCUGGGUUUCCUCACUGCACUCUAUCAUCAAGAGGAAGAUACCCAAGCUGACCAGCAGGGGGCAUCUUCCUCAAACCCCCUGGACUCCCUGUACAGAGAUGUCCUAGGUGAUAGGCGAAAACACACGUCUGUGUCUGUAUCAGAGGACUCUGAUCUGAAAACCACAGGACACUCAUCUCCACCUCAGCCUGAACCACAAACUGACUUUGAGAAAUCACAGAGCUCAUGGAAAAGCAGCGACCAAUCACAAGUCCAGCUUGACUGUAAAUCUGAUCCAUUGAGAAGUGGGAUCAAGGACUCUGACCAAUCAGCUACAAUGGACACUUCUGGCCAAUCACAAGAUCAGGACCGACCUGUACACAAGCAAUUGUCAGCUCCAAAGAAGAUAAAUGUGAGCCAGCCAAUUGGUAGUCUGUGUAGUGCGGCAAAAGCGGGGCCUGGGGGUCCGGUGAUGGUGCGGGGCGAGGUAGAGGAGGUUCCAGAGGAAGAGAUUCAGCAGAACCGUGAAACAGAGGAAGGGAUCCGGAGCAUACCACGGUUCCACAACUACCAGCCAGGGAAACCAUCAAAGGUGCUGUGUGUGAAGAACCUGAGUGCCCGUGCCUCUGUGGCCCAGCUGGUGGCGCUAUUCUCCAGGUUUGAUUGCGACAUCACCCAGCCUGUAGUCUACCGCCUACUUACUGGCAGACUGAAGGGACACGCCUUCAUCACACUACCAGACACCGAAACGUCCCAGAGAGCCUUGGAGAUGGUGAACGGGUACCGGUUGCUAGGGAAACCUUUGGUGAUCGAGUUUGGCCUAGAGCGGAGGGAUGAGAAGAAACCAAAAACGGAACGGGACGAGGAGAAAACGAGAGAAUGUAGUGUACCAUCUCUACCUAACCCCAGUACUACAGACACUAAAUACUACAACAGGACUUCAACACACAAAUAAGAGACAAACAGACCGACCACAUAUGUGAUCAAAGGAGGAGAGUGACUCUUCAACGACUGAGGUUUGACAUUUCUGGACCAUUUGUUGUGUGAAGGUCGAUAAACGUGGAUUAGUGAAGUAUUUUUGUCCUGGAUGUUAGUGUUUUUUAUGUAUGAUCAUAGGCUGUGUUUGCAAUGUGAAGUAUUAAAAAUCUGUUCUCUGUUGCAUUUCAUUCUAAGGAUGGGGGGGGCAUUCCUCCGGGGGUCCAGUGGGGGGAAAAAUGGUCAUAGUUGAGGAAAAGUUUAAUGUACUUUAAUAAAAAAUGACUCAAGUGAAAGUCACCAAGUAAAAUA